GGUCAGGGAUAGUUCGACUCCAGAGCACUCGCAGCGUGUUUGUCUUCUGCUCGGGCUCCGUUUCACUGCCUGGAACAAAAGCAGGUAUGACUGGCUAGCUGCUGUGCUGCUCUGAUGCCCCAGUAUUUGCUUACGCUGUGAUUUUGGAUAAUAAAGACAAGUGAAUUACGAAACAUAUGGUAAGAAACCAAAAGCCGCUUGCCUUUAUUAAGUUCUCAAGAACAUAAUUGACCACUUGGUACAUUAUAAAGAUGCAUUAGGAAACUGGAUAUGGUGCCAAAAGAACUACAUGCGUUUCCAUGACACUCUUGAACCCUGACUGAGAUACUUUUGGAUAUAUAUUUAUCUUCUUAGAAGAGGAGUGCAUACUCCAAUUCCUCUCUGCCAGCUCGCUGGCAGAGAUCUUUCACUAAGAUCAUGGACCAUUCUAAUAGGGAAAAGGAUGAAAGGCAGCGCACGACGAAAGGAAUGCCGGGAAGGAGCGGGCACGGUUCUCGACCAUCGAGUUCAUCUGCCUCUUCCGGUGUUCUUAUGGUGGGACCUAACUUCAGAGUGGGCAAGAAGAUUGGGUGUGGGAACUUUGGAGAACUCAGACUAGGCAAAAAUCUCUACACCAAUGAAUAUGUAGCGAUCAAACUGGAACCAAUAAAAUCACGUGCACCACAGCUCCAUUUAGAGUACAGAUUUUAUAAACAACUUGGAAGUGCAGCUGAAGGCCUUCCCCAGGUGUAUUACUUUGGACCGUGUGGAAAGUACAAUGCCAUGGUACUAGAACUGCUUGGUCCGAGCUUGGAAGAUUUAUUUGACCUCUGCGAUAGGACGUUCACUUUGAAGACGGUAUUAAUGAUAGCCAUCCAGCUGAUAUCUCGAAUGGAAUAUGUGCAUUCAAAGAACCUCAUCUACCGAGAUGUCAAGCCAGAGAACUUCCUUAUUGGCCGGCAAGGCAAUAAAAAAGAGCACGUCAUUCACAUCAUAGACUUUGGAUUGGCGAAGGAGUACAUUGAUCCUGAAACCAAAAAACACAUACCUUACAGGGAACACAAGAGCUUAACUGGAACAGCAAGAUACAUGUCCAUCAACACUCAUCUCGGCAAAGAGCAAAGUCGUCGAGACGAUUUGGAGGCCCUUGGCCAUAUGUUUAUGUAUUUCCUCCGAGGAAGCCUGCCCUGGCAAGGAUUGAAGGCUGACACCUUAAAAGAGAGGUAUCAGAAGAUCGGGGACACAAAGAGAAACACUCCGGUUGAAGUUCUCUGUGAGAACUUUCCAGAGGAGAUGGCCACGUACCUCCGUUAUGUUCGGCGAUUAGACUUCUUUGAGAGACCAGACUACGAUUACUUGCGAACCAUCUUCACAGAGCUGUUUGAGAAGAAAGGCUACACUUUUGACUAUGCCUAUGACUGGGUUGGCAGGCCAAUUCCUACUCCAGUGGGAUCUGUUCACAUAGACUCUGGGACAUCUGCAGUAACAAGAGACAGCCACAUACAUAGGGAUCGGCCAUCGCAGCAGGCCCACCGCAAUCAGGCACCAUCAGAUCGCAGAGGAGAGUGGGAGAUCCAGCCAAACCGGCAGACGAAUACCUCGUACUUGACAUCUCACUUGGCUGCAGAUCGGCAUGGAGGAUCAGUACAGGUGGUCAGCUCGACCAACGGAGAGCUGAAUGUUGAUGACCCAACGGGGGCGCACUCCAACGCACCAAUAACAGCGCAGGCAGAAGUGGAAGUGGUGGAGGAAGCUAAGUGCUGCUGCUUCUUUAAGAGGAAAAGGAAGAAGACGGCUCAGCGUCACAAGUGACCAGUGCCUCCUGGGGCCUUGCAGGAACACCACCUGCACCUGCAGCUCCUGCCAUGUCUUACUGGAAGGGGCUUCUCUUUAGGGGGGAGGAGGAGGCGUAGGAGGAAGAGAAAAAAAGUGACAUUUUAAACCAAAAAGAGAAGAAAAAGUUCCAAAACAAACCACUCUGGGGUGGAUCUGCUGAAUGGUCUCCCUCGUUCACUCCAAGCCUGAAGCUCUUUUUGGGACCAGGACUGUGGCUGGCUCAGGUCUUGGUCGCCCUGGGAGGGGGGCUGGCUGGCUGACCCUCCUUCCCGUUGUUUACGGCGAAGGCAUCGUUCAUGCAAACCUGAGGACUGUGCUUAGUUCCUGCUCACUUUACUCCCCUCCCUCCCCUGUGCUCUCUGCUCCUCUGUCCUCCUCCCUCCUUAAUUAAAAAAAGAAAAAAAAAGAAAGAAAAAGAUACAAUAGGUUUGAUUGGCUCUCCAGAGGGCAGGAGGAUGCAGUCUGGGCGAGAGAGUUAUGUGGGAGAAAGGCCUUGCUGCUGCAGCAGUUAAGACACAGGUUCCUUUUUUAGGCUCCUUGGGAACAGUUACACUGUAACGUGCAAGCUGUGAGAAAUUUGCAAUCUACUGUUCCAGUUAGGUUUUCUGGCUUCCUUGACACCUCCCUCCUCUGAUGGUAACAGAGCAAUGUGGAUUGUUUUAAAGAAACUGACGUCGUUGCACUUUUUAUUAUUUUUAGCAUUACAGAUGCACAUUGUAUCUGUGGAUUUCUGCGUGGACAAGUGAUGCCAGCGCAGACAGACAUUCAGCUGGGAAUACGGAGAGGUGCAAAGAACGCCCUCAAGUGGGGAUGUUGGCAACAUCCACACAACCCUCAUGCCAGUCUGGGGUUCCCAACGCCUGUUUUGGGUCAUGCGCUGGGGAAAGCAUACUUGAAUUUUCAAUCACCCUUUCUAGCUGCCAGUGAAUGUCCCUACCAUGGUUUCCUACACCGUGCCUGGCCCAGCCAGCCUGGAGGCUAGCCUAGUGUUGGCAGGAGGGAGCGGCAUCAGCUUUGCUGAGCUGGAGGAGUUUGCACUGGCUAAAGAUGUAGAUCUGGAUUAAAGUAACUGGAAACCAGAUGUUUCCCAAAUCAUAGGCAUUUCUUGGUGUGUGGCUAGGCAACUGGGCAGCCUUCUCAAAUCCCUCUGGUAGGGUGGUUAGGAAUACGCACCUUCUGCAAGAAAAUGUUAGCAGGAGCAAAGCUUCCCCAGCAGGGGAGAGGAUAAUUCACUGCCUUAAUACUGAUUUAAUCUCCAGAUGGUCAGACAGGUUUGACUGGAAUAGCCUUCACAUCCUCUCCGUGAGCACAGGCCUGGAGCUCUGCUGGCCUGGGGCACAUGGGACGCUUAGCCUGGGGCACACGCUUAGCCUGGAGGGGAAGCCACAGUUCUUGUGCACCACUUCUGAGCCAAACCCAUAGCUAGCAAAGGGCUUGGAGCACUUUGUGCAAGUGUAAAAUCUGGCAUCCUACUGCAGCAUUUCCAAACUCUGAGGAGGCUAAGGCUGCUCUGGGGUUAUCAUGGAUCUGGCAGGGCUCCAGGCGAAUUCAAGCAGCUUCCUUUUUGCGGAGGGAGGGGGAGGGGUGUCACUGUAAAUAGGUUCCUUAUGCGUUGUCUUUCUACAUGUGACAUCUGACUAGGCUGGGACUGUUCACUUGAGUGAGGGACUUCAUUUGUCAGAAGCUUGGGGCUUGCUCACUCCAGUCCGUGAAUUCCCUAGAAAGUAGGAAGGGAGGAAAGGCAGAGACUAGAUCACAUCGUUAUCUGUUUUAGAAAUGAUGAUCUCGGUGUAGCUUGGAGUUCAUUUAGUGGCACUUAAUGAAGGUUUGGUUCCCCUUGCUGGGAAGA